CUCGGCGCCGCCCGUCCGGCGACAGCCGCGCCGGCCAUGGAGCCGCCCGUGGCCCCUCAGGAGCAGCCGCCGCGCCCGCGCUCGCACACGGUCACCACCACCAGCAGCUCCUUCACCGCCAACCUGUCGGCCAGCUCCAGCACCCUCGCCUACGACAGGGAGUUCCUGCGCACCGUGCCCGGGCUCCUGAUGGUGACCGAGAUUGUAUUGGGGCUGCUGGUGUGGACCCUCAUUGCUGGAACAGAAUACUUUCUAUACCCAGCCUUCGGCUGGGUGAUGUUUGUAGCUGUGUUUUACUGGGUUCUCACCGUCUUCUUUCUGAUCAUCUACAUGACAAUGACCUACACCAGGAUCCCACAGGUGCCAUGGACCAUGGUGGGUCUGUGUUUUAAUGGAAGUGCCUUUGUUUUGUAUCUCAUUGCUGCCAUUGUAGAUGCAUCUUCAGUUACCAAAGAUCUGGACAAUCACAAUUACAACAGCUGGGCAGCUUCUUCAUUCUUUGCCUUCGUGGUUACCUCCUGCUAUGCUGGAAAUACAUAUUUUAGCUUUAUAUCCUGGCGAUCACGAACGUUGCAGUAAAUACUUUGUUAAAGUGAAUUUUGUAGUGUAAAGUACCUUGAGGAUUAUUCACUUUUGAUAAAAGGCUGGAAGAGGGGUGAGGUAUUUUUGAACAUUUCCCUUAGAAUUUACACAAUAUAAACCGAGAUCAAAUUAUUAUUUAUAAUAAUGCUGUCUUUAGAGACAUUUUUUACCCGACUUUGUACUAUAUAAUAAAAUUUCAUAUGCUUCUUUGAAAAUUAACAUGGUAUUUUUCUAGACAUUGUAUAGUUGUUACUACUAGACCUUUAAUAAAUCUUACUCAAUGUGCCACUUUUGUAAAUGUAACUUUUUAAAUGUUACUGAAUGCAACCAAAACUAAGAUUGAUAUUGUAUCAUUAUUAUGUAUGAAAAGUGACA